GAUUGUGGUCCAUGGGCAGCCGUUCCUGAGGGCCAUUGAGCCUCAUUCUGGACAGGUUUUUAACUUCGGAAAAGCUUUUAAGCUCAGGCGAAGUCAGGUGUUGGAUGUGAGCGAUCACUAUCCUGUGGAGGUGAGACUGAAGAGCUCCACCCCUCUCCUCCAGGCCACGCCCCUGCGGAUCCUCCUUAGUGUUUCUGUAAUCGUUCAGUUCUGCCUGCGCGCUCUGUGAUCGUCUGCUCCAGUAAAUUGGUUCUGAUAAAUCACAUUUUUAUCAGAUGUUUUUAGAGUAUUUUUAUUAAAUCUCUGUGCCAACCGUGAGCUGUGAAACUGUCUUAAGUUCAGAAUCUUUUAAAAAUAUAUUUCUUUUUAUUUUAUUUUGUGGUUUUGACCCUCAGUUAAAACAAAUCCUCCAGAGAGAGAGCUGCAGGUGUGACGUCUACAAACUGCUCUUGUUGUUUUAUCUUCGUGUUCUGACCCGUCAGUCGACCCGCUGACACUCAACAGAAAACAACAAACCUCACACAGAAGGAACAAACAGUAAAUGUUGUUGUUUGUUACAUUUGUAUGAUUUUUCACGGUUCACUCAGAGUUCAUGGGGAUGUUUCUUUUUUUCCUCUUUGUUUUUUUUAUUUUUAACAAUUUGGAAACUGGUGUAAAUAUCUGGGCGACGCUUUGGAUUUGUAAGACAUUCGCAGUUUGAUUUUUUUAACGCUCAUUAAAUUUUUUGUUAA